AUGGAGACUUUAUAGGUAUUGAUUUUAAAAUUAGUUUUAGCAUUUGGAAUUAGGUAUGUAAGUUGAAAAUUGGAGUUCAAGUAAUAAUAAGAAAAUAGAAGUUUUUGGUUUUUAAAGGGAGGGAAUGUCUCUAGGACCUAAAUUACUUUCCAAGUACACAGAAUGA